UUGGAAGAUUGAACUUUUCCAGUUGAGAGUGCAACGUUAAGGAAUCAUGAAGUGUGCACAGAGACGGAAUCAGAGAGAAAUUGCUCCAAAGUCAACUGGUGUAUCAGGCGAGGAAAAAAAGGUUUCUCACCUUCAAACGAAGAAGGAAAGGCGUGGAAAGGGAAACUCUUGUCGUUUGUCCUACGUUGAGGUUAUUGCCAACGCCAUUCUCAGCUCACCAAGAACACAGAGAACCUUGUCCGAGAUCUACAGCUUCAUUCAACACAACUAUCCCGAAUUCACCGAAAACAGAGUGCGAUGGAAGAACACAGUCCGCCAUAAUCUGUCGCUUCAGGAAUGUUUUCAGCGGGGUGAAGUUGCUUACAACAAGGGUGGAUGUUACUGGGGGAUUCAUCCCAAAUUCUUGCCCAAUUUUAGUCGAGGGGAUUUUACAAGACGCCCGCCAGCUCCGACUCCACAGAUUGUAAUGCAAAGGGGAUAUCUACCCUUCGAAAAUGAUCAUUUUUCGGCACCCAACCAAGUCUUCCACUGCAAUUUUUGUGAGCUGCCUCCCUCACUUUCAUCGUAUGGUGAAAGGAUGAUUCAUGGCACUCGGGCUGUAAACGGAUGUGCACCGUAUAGGCAGCAUCCCUAUUUUUCUUGGGACCAUUGUAUGUACUAAAAAUCUUUAGACCUCCAUACCCGAAUGGCAACAAACUCACAAGCGUGUAUAAACUAAACGUAUCAGCAGACAUUAAACAAACUAAGAAAGUUAAAUAGACUCUAAAUAGUUUUACUUUGAUGCUUAACAAUCGCAGGUGCGUGUAACUGCGCGUUCAUAGAUUUUCAAUGUAAACGAAACUUUGCCGAAACUGUAAUUGUUCAUUAUUUUUCACAUCCGAAACAUCUCUUUGGAGUGUCGUGCGAUUCACUCACUGCGCCUCAAGUCUGAAGAUCUGCUCUUUUCCUUCGGUUCCUUUUGCGAUUCUUCAAAGAUGAC